CUCCUACAUCGUGGGGCGUUUGACUGACGCCCGUCUACUCCUUUAAAGUCCAUCGCUUCCCCUCCUUCUACCUCCCUCAUUCACCUCACUCUCACAAAUCACAAUGGCAGGCCUCGCUCAGAACGUUCUCGAGAAGCUGCACAUCACCAGCCCCGCUGGUGUCCCCGCCAAGGAGCCUACCGCUGAGGAGUACCAGACCCUUUGCCAAAAGUACGAAAAGGCCGGUCAGGAGCAGGUCUUCGCUUUCUACGAUAAGCUCAACACCGAGGAGAAGGCUACUCUCUUCCAGCAGCUCUCCGGCAUCGACCCCGACUACAUUAACACCAUCACCAACAAGGCCUUGAACCCUCCCAAGACCGAAGCUGAGGCUGGCGCUCCCAAGCUCGAACCCCUUCCUACCUCCGCCACCUCCUCCGUUUACGACACCAACACCGACGAUCUUCAGAAAUGGUACGACCAGGGCUUGGAGUUCGUCGCGGAGAACCAGGUCGGUGUGGUCUUGAUGGCUGGUGGACAAGGUACAAGGUUGGGUAGCUCUGCUCCCAAGGGUUGUUACGACAUUGGUCUUCCUAGCAAGAAGUCGCUGUUCCAACUCCAGGCCGAGCGCAUCUGGAAGGUUCAACAACUCGCUCAGAAGAAGCACGGGAAGGCGGAGGUUGUCGUUCCCUGGUAUGUUAUGACCAGCGGACCCACCCGUGGCCCUACCCAGGCUUUCUUCGAGGAGAACAACUACUUUGGCUUGAAGAAGGAGAAUGUCAUCAUCUUCGAGCAAGGCGUCCUUCCUUGCAUCUCUAAUGAUGGCAAGAUCCUUCUCGAGAGCAAGUCCAAGGUUGCCGUCGCUCCCGAUGGAAACGGUGGUCUUUACCAGGCUCUGAUCGUCUCCGGCGUUGUUGAGGACAUGAAGAAGCGUGGUGUCAAGCACAUUCACGCUUACUGCGUCGACAACUGCCUUGUCAAGGUCGCUGACCCUGGCUUCAUCGGUUUCGCCGCCUCCAAGAACGUCAAGAUUGCCACCAAGGUCGUUCGCAAGCGCGACGCCAAGGAGUCUGUCGGUCUAAUCAUGCAGAAGAACGGCAAGCCCGACGUUGUCGAAUACUCUGAGAUUGAUGCCGAGACCGCCGAGGCCAAGGACUCUAGCAACUCUGAGCUUCUCAAGUUCCGUGCGGCCAACAUUGUCAACCACUACUACUCCUUCGAAUUCCUCGACAGCAUUCCCCAGUGGUCCAAGGACCUUCCUCACCACGUCGCUCGCAAGAAGAUUCCCUACGUCGACACCGAGAAGGGUGAGACCAUCAAGCCCGAGAAGCCCAACGGUAUCAAGCUCGAGCAAUUCGUCUUCGAUUGUUUCCCUCUUCUGAAGAUGGAUCACUUCGCUUGCAUGGAGGUCAAGCGUGAGGAUGAGUUCUCUCCUCUCAAGAAUGCUCGUGGAACUGGCGAGGAUGACCCCGACACCAGCAAGAAGGACAUUAUGGACCAGGGUAAGAAGUGGGUGCAGGCUGCUGGUGGUGUUGUCACUGGUGAGAAGGAUGAGGAUGGUGUCGAGGUUUCGCCUCUCAUCAGCUACGGUGGUGAGGGUCUGGGAUUCCUCAAGACCAGGACCAUCAAGGCUCCUGCUGUCAUUGAGAAGGAGGAAUAGAAUCUUGUCAUCAAGUACAAGUCACGUUAAAAUAAAUACCAUGUUAUACUCCCAUCAAAUCUUGAUCGUCGACACGUGAUGUAGUCGUGCUGGCGGGGGCGUUGGGUGACAAG